ACAAACCGGUAGUGAAAAGAUAAUUCAGAGACAACUCAGUUUAUGUUAAAAUUCUUCAUCUCUAAUAAAAACGUUUUCGUUAUUGAAAGGUGUACUUUUUCCGUGAGAUGUCAAUCACCCCCGAUCUGAUUCGUGAAAAACUGAUAGCGGGGAUUGCUGCAAUUCACGUGGAUGUUGAAGACACGUCUCCAAAUAGAUGCGCCGCCAGUUUUAAAGUUCUUGUAGUUUCUCCUCAGUUUGAGGGGAAACCAUUAUUGCAAAGGCACAGGAUGGUGAAUAAUUGCCUUGCUGAGGAGCUGAAAGAGAUCCACGCAUUUGAGCAGAAAACACUGACACCAGAGCAGUGGGAGAAACUGAAAGCACAGUGACACACACAUACAGUACACACAAAACACAUUCAUGCAGCCAUCAGAUGGAACAGCAAUGACUUAAUCUCCUAUUAGUGUGUAGAUAUUCCCAUUUUACAUCCCAAAGUAUAAUCACACCAAUGAUAUGGAAAUCAGUUGAUUGUAUUUAUGAAAUAGUUAUGCUUCAAUUAUUGUCACUUAUGGAAAACAUCUCAAACAAAUUAUUAAAAUUUAUUAUGUGCUGUGCAAAAAAUUUAUUUUGAAAUGUAAAAUGCUGACAAUAAAGAAACUUCU